UGCGGGCGAGCGGCCAAUGGGAGGGCGACAGCUGGCCGCUGGACGAGAGUCCCGAGUGGCGGGCGGCGGUGGACUGUCUUGGAGUGAUGCGGAGAGAAGACGUGCUGGGGAUGCUCAAGAUUCCCACACCAUCAGCAGGCGAAGCAGCAGCAUCAGCAUCAGCAGCAGCAGCAGCAUCACCUGCACCUUUCACCUCCCCCAGUAGCCACCUCCCCCGCCUCGCCUUCUCCCCAGCAGCAGUCCGUGCAGUCGCCAUGCGCCUGCACCUCCUGCGAAUCAACCCGCGCCACCUGUCCCUUGCUGACGUGGCGCCGUGCCGCGUGUUUCUCUGCGAGCACCCACUGCCAGCAGCCUACGCGUGGUUACUGGUGGAGUGGAGUGAGCCAGUGCAGUGGCAGCAGCAGCACCCACUCCCUACGUAUCCUGUGCCGUGGCAGCAGCGCUCCUCUCCUCAUCUAUGGGCUUAUCUGACCGCUCCACUUGCUUUCUCCCUCUUCCUCACAGCAACCUACACGUGGCUACUGGUGGACCUAGCCUGUGCCGUGGCAGCAGCACCGGAGGAGCAUCGCCUGCCGUUCCUCCUUGACACGCUCGACUCCAUCCAAGUUGCUCGCCACCCGUGGACGGCCCUGCAGCUCUUCUCCCUCAUGCUCGCACGUCUCUCCCCCGACCGCCUCCUCCUCCCCACCAGCCCCACAGCUGCAGUCUUCCUCCUGCCGCACACCCUCCCUCCUCUCCUCUCCCAGCGCGGCUUAGCAGGCUCUGUGGGAGCCAUAGUAUCGCGCUUCCAGUCGCUGCUGUCGUGGCUGUCAGAUGAAAAGGAGUGCCUCUUCUGGGAGAAUGGCGCUGAUUCGAGACUUGGCGGGGACAGUGGUGGUGGUGCCGGCAGCAGCAGUGGUGCCGGCAGCAGCAGAGGUGGCAGCAGCAGCAGUGGUGGCAGCAGCAGCAGUGGCAAUAGCAGCGGCGGCAGCAGCAGCAAUGAGCGGGUGCAUGUGUUGAGGGGAGUGGUGGUGGAUGUGCUGAGGGCUCUACGCCACCAUCUGCCCUCGCAUGCUGUCUCCACCAUCUGUCUCGCCAAUGUCUUGGUGCACUAG